AUGCGCGCCAAAUCUCGAUUUCGAAAGACCAGCUUUCUCUUGCAUACUUUCCUCUCUCUUUCUUUCUUUCUCUCUCUCUCUCUUUCUUUAAUUUGUCCUUUUUUCUCCCUAAUAUCGCUUUACUUUCUUUCUUUCUUUCUCUCUGUUUCAUUAUUAACUGCUCUCUUUCAUAGCUUUUCUCUCUCUUUCACACACGCAACUACUCUGUUUUCUAUCGGUCGCUCUUUUACGACCUACAAUUUCUGUACUUAUUCCUUUCUCAUCAUUCUCUCUUUUGCUCUCUCUCUUAUUUGUCUCCUCCUCUUCCUUUUCUUCUCCUUCUUCUUCUUCUUCUUCUUCUUCCCUCUUUUUUCUCGCUCUUUCAUUCAAUGUAUCUAUCUCCCGAUCAAUCGCAACACAACGCCUAAACCUUUUUCUCUUUAUGUCUCUAUACAUUAUUAUUCAACCCCUCCUUCUUCUCAAAAACUCCAACGCUUAUAUAUAAACUCUCUCUUCAAAAAUCUUUUCUAUUUUCUAUAUCUUUUCUCUUAUUCUUAUUUUAUUUUUUCUUUCUCUUUCCAGAGAGAGACAUUCGAGAGAGAGAAUAAGAUGGCAUUUGGACAUGUUUCUUUUUUUUUGCGCAUUCGUUUGCACCCUUGCGACUGCAAUUCAUGA